AGCGGCGGCUGCUGGGAGGGCCCAGCGGGUAGGCGGGGGCGACCACGGCUGCCGUGGGAACUGUGCAGCCUCGACUUGGCCUCCCCCAUCUGGGCGGCGGUGCGAAACAGCUCGAUCUCGCAGCCCCGGGUCGCUAGGGGCCGAGGAGGCGUCAUCUUUUCCCCCCCAUGCAGGACCACAGAGACGAGAGCGGCAUCCUUCGCUGUCCACGCAGGACCAUCCUCUGCCCACCGGCCGAGUACAGUGACAGGCCAUCAAAGCCGAAUCCGAACUUGAAUUCUGUGCAGCUGAUUGCAGAGCUGGACUGGGAUAUUCAACUACCGGUGUACAAAAGUCAACUUAUCCCUGAAGCAAGCUUUCCCACGGACGGUACCUUUGCAGAGGCUGGAAGUGAAAUUAAGGCCGCACACUUUGUUUUUGAGUUCAUUUCCUAUUGAGAUACACGGAAGGAAGAGCCCAGGAACGUUGCUUUGAGUAUUCCUCCUGCAGAUUAGGCUUUUCUAAUAAGCCUGAGCAUCUUGUUAUAUAUAGACAAUCAUUACAUCAUGGCUAGCAUCAUUGCACGUGUGGGUAGUAGCUGGGGGCAGAACACACCCUUGCCAAGACUUGGGGGGAGGAGUCUUGGUCCUUUAAAGGUCAACAUGGCAGAAAGAAACAUGAAGUUGUUUUCAGGGACGGUGGUGCGAGCCCAAGGGGAAGAUAACUUUGAAAACUGGCUGAUCCAAGUCAAUGGGGUCCUACCAGAUUGGAAUAUGUCCGAGGAGGAAAAGCUCAAGCACCUGAUGAAAACCCUUAGGGGCCCAGCUGGGGAGGUCAUGCAUUUGCUCCAGGCAGUCAACCCCAGCCUAAGUGUGGCAGAUUUCUUGAGUGCAAUGAAAUUGCUGUUUGGGGAGUCUGAAAGUAGCGUCACUGCCCAUGGUAAAUUUUUCAACACUUUGCAGGCACAAGGGGAGAAAGCCUCCCUUUAUGUGAUCCGUUUAGAGGUGCAGCUCCAGAACGCUAUUCAGGCAGGGAUCAUAGCUGAGAAAGACGCAAACCAGACUCGCCUGCACCAGCUCCUUUUAGGGGCUGAGCUGAAUGGGGACCUGCGCUACAGGCUGAAGCAUCUCCUCAGGAUGUACACAAAUGAGCAGGAACAUCUCCCCAAUUUCCUGGAGUUAAUCAAGAUGAUAAGGGAGGAUGAGGAUUGGGAUGACACUUUUAUGAAACUGAGGUGGGCAAAGAGAUCUGAGCUAAUCAUAGAGAGGGCAGCAAGCCCUGUGGCAUUUCAGGGCCCCCAGCCAAUAGCAAUCAGCAGUGCUGACUGCAGCGUGAGAGAGCUAGAAGAUAUCCUCAAUGACUCAGAUGAGGAUGUGAUCCUGGUGGCGUCUCCGGACCCUCCACUUCCAUCCAUGGGUGCCGCUCCCCUCAGAGGCAGGGUCAGACCUCAGGAUCAAACACUGGUCAUUGAUGCCCCCAGCAGUUCCUGGGCUCAGUCUCCUUCUACCAGUGGGGUUUCUGGGGAUAUGCAUAGAUCCAAGAAGCGAAAAUACCAAUCCACAAUCCGCUGUUCCUGUUGUGGCACGGAGGGCCACUCAAAGGAAACCUGUGACAAUGAGAGCAACAAGGCCCAGGUAUUUGAGAAUCUGAUCAUCACCCUGCAGGAGCUGACACAUACAGAGGAGGAGAGGUCAAAAGAGGUCCCUGGUGAACACAAGGACCCCUCUGAGCCACAAAGAGGUCUUGGAUACCAGCAAAGUGAAGGGCACGGCCUGACCUCUGUUCCUGCUCCCUCCUCCAUCUGUGUAUUCUGUGUUUAUUUCCUUGAUGACUUUAUUUCAUGAAAGGAGUAUAAUUCUCUGUUAAACUUUCAAAAAAUAGAGGAAAAUACAAAAACUCUAAAGUACAAAUUACCUGAAACACUCCACUCUUAUAUAACCACUGUCAGCCAUUUGAUGAAUGUUCUUCUAGUUAUUUCCUGUACCUGUGUACGCAGAUAGAUAUAUGUACAGAGAAAAGUGAUCAAGUAUCAGUGCUGUUCUGUACUGUGUAUUUUUCACCAAACAAUAUAUGUUGUGGCUGUCUAUGUCAAUAAAUAUAUAUAA